CUUUGCUGUUUGAUCUUGUUGGGCUUGAAUUUUACAUCAUCAUCAUCAACCUUACAAAUUAGGGUUUAUAUCCAUCAAUCAAUCAACUGUUUUCCGAUUUAUUUGAUAUAUUCAUACUCAAUACUCUCAAGUAUAGUUCGUUUAUCUUCAUUACGAUUUCAUCUUCUUUUAGAUUGCUCGCGAGAUGGCAGCUGUUCCUUCAUCUUCUCUGAUACAAUCCCAAUUUUGGAGCUGCAGACCUUCCAAAUCAUGUAAGUUAUUCCUUGGUUCUAAUUCUCUAUACAAGAAACAUACAGUGUAUACCUCAGGAAAAACGGCUGGUUCCCUACUUCAUUCAGACACAAUUCACAACAGGCGAAUGAAAUUGAUAGCGGCAUCUGUUUCUCAAACUGAAACAGGAUCGCCGCCGGCGACUUAUCUAUUGUGGACGGAAUACGGCGGUCCUGUGAAUGUUGUCGUCGCGAAGAAGAAUGUCAAUUAUUCUGUAUACAUUGAACUUUCAUCAUUACAGAUAUCAGUUGAUAAGAAGAAGGAUAAACCAUUAAUCUGUUGGAGUAUAUUCAGAUCUGAUUCAUCAGACAAAUCUCGAACUAUUGAGACUGCGUUUACAGAGAAAUCUUUGGGCAAAUUUACAGUUGAAUUGGAAUUUGAACCUAGCUUGGCCCCUUUGUACUUAUCCUUCCUAGUGAAACUUCCAACGAAUGGAAAAUCAGAAACCCUAGAAAUAAAAAGCCAUAGGAAGACGCAUUUCUGUGUGCCUGUAGGCCUUAAAUCAGGACAUCCUGCUCCUUUAGGGUUUACUGCUUUAUAUGAUGAUUCUUCAAUCAAUUUUGCCCUAUUUUCUCCAGCUGCUGAAAGUGUGAUUCUGUGUUUAUAUGAUGAUACCUCUACAAGAAAACCAACCCUAGAAAUUGCUCUUGAUCCAUAUAUCAAUCGAACAGGCGGAGUUUGGCACGUUUCUUUUGACAGUUCAUUUCCCUUCACUAAGUAUGGUUAUCGGAUUUGUAAUGGAGAUGAAACCCUAACUAGUGGUGUCCUUUUAGAUCCAUAUGCCAAAAUCAUUGAAACAGUCAUUCCAUCUAGUUUGCUUCCAAUCAGACUUGGAAAGUUAAGCAACGAACUUCCGUUUGAUUGGAAUGGCGAUGUUCCCCUUUCCUUACCAAUGGAAACGCUGUUUGUUUAUCGUCUAAACGUCAAGAAAUUCACAAUCGAUAAGUCGAGCAACCUUCCGAACGAAAUUGCAGGGACUUUUAUGGGGAUUACAGAGAAGUUGCAACAUUUCAAGAGUCUAGGAGUGAAUGCGAUCUUGUUAGAACCGAUUUUCCCAUUCGAUGAACAACAAGGACCUUAUUUCCCACUUCAUUUCUUUUCUCCGGAAAACCAAUCUUCCAUCAACUCUAUGAAAGAGAUGGUGAAGACGUUGCAUGAAAAUGGUAUCGAAAUCCUUCUCGAAGUUGUUUUCACAGAAUCAGGGGCGUUACAGGGAUUCGAUAACGAUACAUAUCUUCGCGAUGGAAGACAUUUGAAUUGCAAUCAUCCUAUAGUUCAGGAAUUGAUCUUAGACAGUCUUGGUUAUUGGGUAACCGAAUUUCACAUCGAUGGAUUUUGUUUCAUAAACGCCUCGUCGUUAUUGAUGGGUACGAAAGGUGAAAUCCUCCAUCGCCCUCCUUUGGUCGAGGCGAUCGCGUUUGACCCGUUGUUACAUAACACGAAAAUCAUUGCAGAUUAUCGGAAUCCUUUCGAAACAGAAACAGAGGAGAAAUUGAAUGUUAGAUUUCCGCAUUGGAAGAGAUGGGCAGAGAUGAACGAUAGAUUCCGCGACGACGUUAGGAAAUUCCUGAAACACGACGGUCUAGUGAGUGAUCUCGCGACGAGAAUAUGCGGGAGCGGCGAUAUCUUUAAGAGUGGUCGAGGUCCGAAUUUCUCUUUCAAUUUCGUAGCUGGAAAUUGGGGGCUCUCGCUGGUAGAUUUGGUUAGUUUCAGUAAUGGGAGCGGUUUGGUAUCCGAAAUAAGCUGGAAUUGCGGAGAAGAAGGUCCGACAAAGAGCUCGAUCAUCUUACAAAAACGGCUCAAACAAAUCCGUAAUUUCCUCUUCAUCCAGUUCAUUUCGUUGGGGAUUCCUGUUCUUAACUCUGGCGACGAGUGUGGACAAUCCUCAGGAGGCUCGACAAAGUACGCGGAUCGAAGCGCGUUUAACUGGAGUUCAUUAAAAACAGGAUUCGGAAUUCAAACAUCUGAAUUCAUUUCGUUUUUGACUUGUUUAAGGACGAGAAGGAAUGAUGCUUUUCAAAGGAGUAGUUUCUUGAGUGAAAAGGAUAUAGAGUGGCGUGGGAAAGAUGGUAAAACGCCGAUAUGGGAGGAUCCGAUGAGUAGAUUUUUGGCUGUGGUUAUAAAAGUUAGCAAGGGAGAUAUGUUUAUUGCGUUUAAUGGCGGUGAUCGGUCGGAAAAUGUGGUGUUGCCGACGACUCGGGCUGGGAUGGAAUGGUUUAGGUUGGUUGAUACGGGUUUGUCUUUUCCGGGUUUCUUUAUGGAAGAUGGAGAAAUGGUAAUUGAUGAAAUGGUUGAUGAAUUAGAUGGUUAUAAGAUGAAAUCACAUAGUUGUGUUUUGUUUGAAGCCAGGCCUCAGAAAGAUGCUGGUCUUGUAAAUUCUCUUUGAGCUAUCUUAAACUCCAAUUACUCUUUGUAUAAAUAAAUAGUCUUAUGGAAAAAAUUAGUUUCCUCAAAUCUUG